AUGAGUAAACUAUGGAUGGGUGGGUUCUUUCUCUUCUUCACUUUUGCAACCACAAACCUCACUUCUGGAUGCUUCGAAAAAGAGAGGGCAGCUCUUCUUCGAUUCAAACACAGUCUGUCGGACCCUUCUGGUCGACUGUCAUCUUGGAACGGAAACAACUGUUGCAACUGGCAAGGCGUUGACUGCAAUAAUGCAACAGGAUAUGUUACAAGGCUUGACCUCGGAACCGAUUCUUCUGAUGAGAAGUUAGAGGGAAAUGAGUUGAAUUCGUCUUUGGCCGAGUUGAGUCAUCUGAGUUACAUUGAUUUCAGUGGGAAUUAUUUUGGUGGCAGCCCCAUUCCUGAGUUCAUCGGAUCGCUGACAAAACUUAGGUAUCUGAAUCUUUCUUCCAUGGGCUUUUCUGGCAUCGUUCCUCACUCUAUUGGAAAUCUAUCGAAUUUGCGGGUACUUGAUCUGAGUAAUAUGGAACUAGUUGUUGAUGAUUUCACAUGGUUCUGGAGCCUUUUGUCACUCAAAUCUCUUGAUCUGAGUGAAUUGAGCAUUGUUAAAGCUCCAAAUUUACACAAAGUGCUGUUGUGUAUGAUUUCUUCUUUACGAGAGUUGAUCUUGUCAGGUUGCAAGCUUUCUAAUUCUCAUUUCGAUCGCAUGCAUCUUGAAUUGAAUCUUACACAUUCCAUCAUUCAAAAACUUGAUCUUCAUUCCAACUUGUUCCACGGCAAGUUCCCUCUGUUUUUACGAAACUUGAGCUCCUUACAAGUUCUUGAUCUUUCAUUCAACGAACUGAAUUCUUCGAUUCCGUUCGUGAACUACAUUCAAGAUACUGGGAUCUGUCAUUUGAAGUGGUUGGAUCUUUCGCACAAUUCUAUGGAAGGGAGAUUCACGGGGCCAUCAACCAAUGUAUCCGAAUGCGCCCUAUUUGCUCUGGAGACACUGAAUCUAAAUGACAACCAGUUAGUAGGUGAGAUCCCAACAUCACUGGGAAGACUUACGGCCUUGAGAGAGUUGAAUCUUGCAGAGAACAAAUUAACAGGAAACAUCCCGGAAUUUGUAGGAAAUUUAACAACUUUGCGGGAAUUAAAUCUGUAUGGAAACAGUUUAAAAGGUUCGAUUCCAACGUCUAUCAGAAACCUGCAGUUGUUACAAAAAUUAGAUUUAUCUGUAAACCUGUUAAAUGGGACAAUUCCAUUUUGCCUUGGACGACUAUCAAAUCUAGAAAUCUUGUCUCUCGCAGCCAACCUUUUCCAUGGUAUCCAAAAUUCCGGGAUCUGGAGACUCUGUCAAUUAAAGCAGUUGGAUCUUUCACUUAAUUUUAUAGAAGGGGAAUUCACAGGGCCAUCAACCAAUGUAUCUGAGUGUGCCCAAUUUGAUCUGGAGACACUGGAUCUAAGUCAUAACAACUUAGGUGGCAAAAUCCCGACAUCACUAGGAAGGCUUACGUCCUUGAGAGAGUUGAAUCUUGGACAGAAUGAGUUAACAGGAACCAUCCCGGAAGCUCUAGGAAAUUUAACAAGUUUGCAGGUUUUAUAUCUUGCUUCGAACAAGUUAACAGGUUCGAUUCCUACAUCUAUUGGAAAACUGCUGUUGUUACGAGAACUACAUUUAUCUUGGAACCUGUUGAACGGGACAAUGCCAUUCUCACUAGGACGACUAUUGAACCUAGAAAAUUUGUUUCUCUCCUACAAUUGGUUGUCUGCACUUCCAUUAUCCCUAGGAAACCUCUCAAAACUUGGGUAUCUUGAUAUAUCCAAUAACCAUUUACAAGGGCCUCUUCCUACCAUAGGACGACUUUCCAAACUUGAUUCUCUUGAUAUAUCCAACAAUUCUUUAUCAGGUGUAGUCACUGAAGCCCAUUUCACAAACACAUCAAUGUUAACAUCCUUGGAUGCAACCUCAAACUAUAGGUUGAGCUUCAAGAUUUCACCCAAUUGGAACCCUCCUUUUCAAAUAAGAAACCUUCGACUUGGAUCUUGCAAAUUUGAGUCAGAAUUUCCACAAUGGAUUCGAACACAAACAAGCCUUCAAAUUCUAAUCCUUUCCAAUACUAGCAUUUCUGGACCUCUUCCAGAUUGGCUUGGCGAGCUCCCAAUCUGGUUCCUGUCACUCUCCCAUAACUUUCUUAACGGCCCAUUGACAAACCUUGUAUCCAACCAAAGCACAAAUUAUUCUGUAUUGUUACGAAUGUUGCAUCUUAAGAACAACCUCUUCAGCGGAUCAAUUCCAGAUUCAUUGUGCAAUUUUACAGAUUUAGCUAUUCUCGAUCUUUCUGGAAAUAUGCUAUCUGGGACUUUUCCAGAUUGCCUAGGAAAUCUCAACAAUCUGAAAGUUGUGAUAUUAAGUUCCAACCGGCUCUCGGGUGUCAUUCCAAGCUCUCUCGGCAAUCUUGGUUCAUCACUACGAUGGUUAGCUCUAAACAACAAUAGUUUCCAUGGCGAAUUUCCAAAAACUCUAGCAAAUUGCACAAAGUUAGCUUUGUUGGAUUUGGGUGAAAACCGAUUCUUUGGAAACAUACCAAAAUGGAUUGGUGAAAAUAUUACGUUUCUAGUCGUCCUUAGGCUACAUAAAAACAGCUUCACAGAUCCAAUUCCAAUAGAGUUGUGUGAAUGUUCUGCACUCCAAAUUAUGGAUCUUGGAGAAAACAAAUUAACAGGAUCCAUCCCUCGCUGUUUUCAAAACUUCAGUGCAAUGACCAGAGUUCUGAACUCGGAUUCAAUGGCCGCAGAUGACUAUAAUCUUUUUACUGCAGGCACAUUUGAGCAGAGUUUGAGCCUGGUAAUGAAAGGAGUUGUGCUCGAGUAUACAAAGACGUUGAGAUAUGUUGUCAACAUAGACCUUUCGAGCAAUAAACUAGUGGGGGAAAUACCUAAGGAGUUGGCACUUCUUUUCGGAUUGCUUGGCCUUAACUUGUCUAACAAUCACCUCACAGGUCGUAUUCCGGAUAGAAUUGGUGAUAUGAAUUCGUUAAUGUCUCUUGAUCUUUCAAAAAACCAUCUUUCAGGGAUGAUCCCGCAAAGUCUGUCCUCAUUGACGUUUCUUAGCCAUCUGAAUUUGUCACACAAUAACUUAUCCGGAAGAAUUCCAACAGGAAGUCAACUCCAGACGCUCACUGAUCCAUCCAUAUAUGAUGGCAAUAAUGAGCUUUGUGGUAGUCCGUUGCCAAUCAAUUGCAACCAUGAUGAAGUCCCAGAAACUGGAAGAAAUGCUGAGGAAGAUGAAGAUGAUGAUGGCGAUGAGAAGAUAUUGAUUUAUGGUGCAACAGGUGGUUUCACAACUGGGUUUAUGGGAAUUGUGGGAAUUUUGGUGCUUAACAACAGAUGGAGACUUGCUUUCUUCAAUUUUGUGGGAUAUUACAUCGGCAAGAAACUUUGA